AAUAAAACCCACCCCUUCACUCAUCACUUCCUCCUCAUUCUCACUCGUUCAUUCUCCCACCCUCUAAAUAAAACCCACCCCUUCACUCAUCACUUCCUCCUCAUUCUCACUCGUUCACUCUCCCACUUGGAAACGCAUAAUCUCUCUACAAAUCUCUCUCUCUCUGUCUCUCUCUCGUUUCUGCUACACUCUGUGCGUUACUCUGAAGUUUGAAGACAGCUUUUUGCAAAUUACUAUUUAUAGUAAGAAAUCUUUCUAGAGGGGCUUACAAAGCCCGAGAAAGGACUAGCUCAAACUGAUCGAGUUCAAUCACAAGCAAUGGCUGACACGCCCAACUCGGAGACAGAAUCAAGAGCCAACUCGUCCUCACCUUCUCCAUCUUCACAAUCCUCAUCUGGGUUAUUACCAAGCUUGGCUCCAAAAGGGUCCGGCGAGCCCGACCCCAAACGGUCGAAACGGGCCCUAGACGACAGCAAGCACCCGGUUUACAGGGGGGUCCGAAUGCGGACCUGGGGCAAAUGGGUAUCCGAAAUCCGCGAGCCCCGGAAGAAGAGUCGGAUCUGGCUGGGCACCUUCUCGACGCCGGAGAUGGCGGCCCGGGCCCACGACGUGGCGGCACUGAGCAUCAAGGGAAGCUCGGCGAUCCUCAACUUCCCGGAGCUCGCGGGGUCGCUGCCCCGACCCGCUUCGAACUCGCCCCGGGACGUCCAAGCCGCCGCUGCCAAAGCCGCUUCGAUGGAGUUCGAAGUUGUUCCCAAAACGCCUUCGUUCUCUUCGUCUUCAUCGUCCUCGUGUGACGUGUCGACCCCGGAGGAGCUGAGCGAGAUAGUGGAGCUGCCGAGUCUGGGGACGAGUUUCGAAUCAGCUGAGUUGAGCAACGAUUUCGUAUUUAUGGACUCGGUUGAUGGGUGGGUCUAUCCUCCCCCGUGGUAUCACAGCGGCAUUGAUGACUCUGCUUAUUUUAGGGAUCAGAUGUCAAUGACAGAGGCAGAGUGUGUGAUUCCAAGCAGCUUUGAGCCUUUAUUGUGGCAAUAUUAACGAACCAACCCAUUUUGUGUGUGUGCACUUUCACCUUUUUUUUUUUUUUUUUUUUUUUUUAGCAUAAAUUCUUUUUGGGUUUUUCUUUUUCUUUUUCCUUUUUGUCUUUGUUCAUGAAUUUCAUAUAUAUAUGUAUAUGGGAGCCCUUUUUCCAAUUUUCCUUGUGAAGGGCUAAAUAUGCUUAGCUACGUUUCUUGCUCCUCAAGUUGUUUUUCCACUGUUUGUAUAUAGCUUUACCUGAGCUUCUAUACUCUUAAAA